AAGCGAUUUGACAGCUCGUCAGGCAGCUAACCAUUCCGCGGAGGAAGAGCUUCCUGCAUAUAGUUUUGUUAUUUGGGUUGUUGGCCUAUUCUUGCCAUUCCGUCGAUUUCAGCCCAAUCAUGACAUCCACCUUAGACGAAAACAGCAAGGAAAAGAUGCGCUCUGUGUCUGUGGAUCUAAACAACGAUGCCUCUCUUCUCAUUGACAUUCCUGAUGCACUCUGUGAAAGGGACAAAGUCAAGUUCACUGUCCAUACAAAAACCACUCUUAGCUCUUUCCAGAAGCCAGAGUUCUCUGUUCCCAGGCAGCAUGAAGACUUCAUCUGGCUACAUGACACUCUGGUUGAGACAGAGGACUAUGCUGGCCUGAUAAUUCCUCCAGCACCCCCAAAGCCUGACUUUGAGAGCCCAAGAGAAAAGAUGCACAAACUGGGGGAAGGUGAAGCCACUAUGACCAAAGAGGAGUAUGCUAAAAUGAAGCAGGAGCUGGAGGCUGAAUACCUGGCUGUUUUCAAGAAGACUGUCCAAGUGCACGAAAUCUUCCUGCAGAGAUUGUCCUCUCACCCCAUUUUAAGCAAAGACAGAAACUUCCAGAUUUUCUUAGAGUAUGACCAGGAUCUGAGUGUGAGAAGAAAGAAUGCCAAGGAAAUGUUUGGAGGAUUCUUUAAAAACAUGGUGAAGUCAGCUGAUGAGGUCCUUAUCUCAGGAGUAAAGGAAGUUGAUGACUUUUUUGAGCAGGAGAAGACAUUCCUGCUUGACUACUACAGCAAGAUAAAAGAUUCCACUGCUAAAGCAGAGAAAAUGACCCGCGCCCACAAAAAUAUUGCGGAUGAUUAUAUUCACAUCUCUGCCACUCUGAACAGUAUCUCUGGGGACGAUAGUACUGCAAAUAAGAAACACCUGGAGAAGUUGUCAGACCUGUUUGAGAAGCUUAGAAAAGUGGAGGGAAGAGUAGCAUCUGACCAGGAGCUGAAACUGACAGAGUUGCUAAGAUACUACAUGAGAGACAUCCAGGCUGCUAAGGACCUUUUGUACAGGCGAGCUCGGGCAUUAGCUGACUAUGAGAACUCUAACAAGGCUUUGGAUAAGGCCCGACUGAAAAGCAAGGACAUACCCCAGGCAGAGGAGCACCAGCAGCACUGCCUGCAGAAAUUUGACAAGCUUUCAGAGUCUGGGAAGAAAGAGCUCACCGGUUUCAAGGGCAGGCGUGUUGUGGCCUUCAGGAAGAACCUCAUAGAGAUGGCUGAGCUGGAAAUAAAACAUGCCAAGAACAAUGUGACUCUACUGCAGGGAUGCAUUGAUCUGCUCAAGAGCAACUGACAUGUUUUCACAUGUUCCUUUCCUACCAUCACCAAGUGACCAGUCAUAACAAAUGGAAAUCUGGCGUCCCCGGGGCCUUGCAUGGACAUGAAUCUAAGCCCUAUCUCUGCUCCCACCCAGGGGUCUGAUGCCACUUUAAAACCCUGCACGAGACCAAGUGUCUUGUAAGCAGAAUGUCUUCAUGUUUACAGAGUCCCUGUCCUCUGGUCUGUGGUCCAUCCUUUUCCAUUAUUUAUGGAAGUCAAACUCGGUGUGAAUGCCUUUAGAGAAUGAGGCUGCCAACAUUAAGGUCUUCCAUAUUUUUUCAGCACCAACAGAGGUGACUUCUCUUUUUUGUUAAUUUCUUUGAUUUCUCAUUACUACAUUAUGCACAUAGUAAAAACCUUGCCUUUUUGAUCAUGUUUCUGCCUCCAUAAAUUUCGACUCUAAUAUCCUCCCUAAUGUAAAUACCUUUUUAAAAAGGCUUAGAGAAUGUUUUUUUUUUCACAUAGCCAUAAUGUAAGUUUUAUUUCAUAUGCUUAAUCUAUUGGGGCUUUUACGUUUGCUAAUGGAACAGUUUUACAGAAGCAAAACUAGUGCCUGGAAAAAAAAAUCCUCAUGCUCUGCAUUCCUGGGCUCUGAGAUUAGUGUGCAACCAAACCAACCCUCUAGUAUUGAAACUCAUGACUGACUUCGAAGACAAGACAGAUGAUUUUCAUGUGUUCAAAAAUAGCUGCACUUCACCUCAGGAAUGGACAGUUGGAUGAGUCCCAAUAUUCUUGUUUGUCAGAAGUGGCCUCAGAUCCCACAGUUCUCAAAGACGCACGUUAGGUUUGCAAAUAUGGAUGAAUCAUAGAAGAUUUCAUCAAGAGAUUGGUGAGAAGAAUAAGUCAAACUAAAGGCUAUUGAGUAUUAGCAUUUUCAUUUAAGAAAAGUCAACAUUAGUAAUGGUAAUGGUUUUAUUUGCACAGGGCACCCAUAACACCCCUGCACUACAUGUAUUAUGUUCUCAGCAGCUUCUUCACCCCAACCGAUUCAUGCUUUCCUUUUCAGUGUGAAAUUAUUGUUGUUUUUCUUUAUUAUUUUUUGCCCUAAAUUCCUCUUUGUUAUUGACAGGCUCUCAUGUACAAGACCCAAUAUAUUUUACCAGAUCCUCUAAGCUGUUUAUUUCAAACAGUCAGAGGAAGGUGCACUAAAAAGAUGAAAAAUACUUUACAAUCGUGACCAGGCUCAGUGGAGUGUUAAAAUGCAUUAUAGUUUUUUAAGAAAUUGAAUGUAUUUCUAAUGGAUUCCAACUGUGUGAAUUCCUUUACAUGAUGCUUUUCUUACAGAUCAUUAGCAUUUUAUAAAUUUGUAAUAAUGGCAUUGAAUAAAUCCUACUUUCCCAAGUUU